GAGGCGGAGGGGGCGGGGCGAGGCGAGGCGGAGGAGGCAGGCGGAGUGCUGGAACACGGGAGAAGAGGGUCGCCGCUGAGCUGCUGCCCCCUUUCCCGAGCGGGCGUGCGGCUGCGGCUUCUUUCUUGACCGGCUUCCCCGCGAGGCAGUACGUCUAAGCAGUGGAAGGGAGUACUGGCCAGAGAAUGUGGAGGUUUGGGUUCUAGUCCUGGCUGUGCCGCUGGCUGGCUGUGACCUUAGGCAAAUAUCUGCCCCUCUCUGGCUCAGUCUUUCCUGGCUGAACAGUCAAGGGGUGGGUCAGAUGGUCUGCAAAGACUCUGCUGUCAUUCACAUUCCGAACAAUAGUAAUAGCAGUCAUAAUAAUUGUUUCCUUAGCUGACCUACGAGGCCCUGCCUGAGCUGGCCCCUAUCUACCCAAAGCACCAGACUCCUUGCCCUGCCUCAGGGCCUUUGCACUUGCUGUUUCCAGUGCCAGGAAUAUUUAAUCAUCUCCAUUUCCUGAAUAGGCUUUCUCAGAUCUCCACUGACACGUCACUUGCUUAGGAAGUUCCCCGACAACAAAGACUAAAUCGGGUUUCUGGAUUGAUAUCCUUCCUCAUGGUACAUGCUGUCUUCAUUAUGCUUAAGUAUUCAUGUAGUUCUUUGUCCGAUAGCUGUAUCCCCUGUUCUUUAAUGCCUGUGCAUGCCAUGAGGCCUAGAAAUCUGUCCCUUUCCCAACAUCUAGCACAUAAUAGGUGGAGUGAACAGAUAAUCUCAUUUAGUCCAACAGUCUUAUGAGGUUGAGUCACUGUGCUCGUCUUACACAUGAAGAGACUGGGCUUCAGAGAGCGACACUCUUAGGGUCACACAGUGAGUUGGCAGUGUCAGAAUUUGAACCCAGUCUGUCUCAGACUCCGAGGCCUGAACUUCCACCUCACUUGCCCUCACACUCCAGAUCUUCUGCUGUGAAGACGUUACCUAAGUGCCAGCAGAUCUGACCCACGAAGCCUGGAAAGAGAAGACCAUCAGGUUGUUGGGCACGGUGCCAUCCGGCUCCACCUCCCAUAGAGGCCCCCGGACCUGAGGCAGAGGCGGAAGUGGGGUGGCCUGGCCCCCCUCCUGCAGACCCAUGGCGCGUCGGCUCCAGUUACAACUGCUGACGUGGGAUGUGAAGGACACGCUGCUCAGGCUCCGCCACCCCGUGGGGGAGGAAUAUGCCGCCAAGGCCCGGGCCCAUGGGCUGGAGGUGGAGGCCACGGCCCUGGGACAGGCCUUUGGGCGGGCAUAUAGGGCUCAGAGCCACAGCUUCCCCAGCUAUGGCCUGAGCCGUGGCCUCACCUCCCGUCAGUGGUGGCUGGAUGUGGUCCUGCAGACCUUCCACCAGGCAGGCAUUCGGGAUGCCCAGGCUGUGGCCCCCAUCGCUGACCAGUUGUACGAGGACUUCAGCAGUUCCCGCACCUGGCAGGUGUUGGAGGGAGCUGAGGCCACCCUGAGGGGGUGCCGAAAACGAGGUCUGAGGCUGGCAGUGGUCUCCAACUUUGACCGAAGACUGGAGGACAUCCUGGCGGGUCUUGGUCUGCAGGAACACUUCGAGUUUGUUCUGACCUCCGAGGCUGCCGGCUGGCCCAAGCCCGAUCCCCGCAUUUUCCAUGAGGCCUUGCGCCUUGCUCAGGUGGAACCGGCAGUGGCAGCCCACAUUGGGGACAGUUACCAAUGUGAUUACAAGGGAGCACGGGCCGUGGGUAUGCACAGCUUCCUGGUGGCUGGCCCUGAGCCUUUGGACCCUGCGGUCAAGGAUUCUGUACCCCAAGAGCACAUCCUCCCCUCACUGUCCCAUCUCCUGCCUGCCCUUGACCGCCUGGAGGGCUCACCCCCAGGGCUUUGAGUCUGGCGAGGGAAGCGGUCGGGCCCAACAGACACUGGAGACAGGGAGCUCCUUCCUUCCCUGAGAUCUGGCCUUCACCCCCACCCCCCUGCAGCCUCCAUAAUGCAUUCUGACUAUAAAGCAGUGAAUGCGGGGCAUUCAACCCUGCACCACUAACCAGCUCCUGGUCUCUGAGAUGCUUCAUUCCUCACACCUGUGUCCAUUUUCUACCAUGAGUCCCCCCUCACCUCCAACAAGAUUCAUGAGGGCCCAACUAGCUUCAAAACCAACACUUUCAAACUUUCUUUUUAGCAGCAGGGCCUUUCGUCAUGGGAGAGCUUAUGUGGAACCCCAACAUGCAAAUCAGGAAAAAUGAGAAACUGCUAGGGUUGAAGCAGAGGUCCUGGGGCCCUUCAUUCAGGCCCUGAAGGCUCUGCGACUCUCCCCUGAGAAGCCUGAGAUCAGAGCUUAGUACCUGCGGGUACUGGAGUUCUCAUUUAGGCGUGCCUCACUCCGAAGCCCAUUGGCUUGACUGCAAGGUUACAAGUAGAAUGGGAUCCAUGUCACACAAGACAUAAUGCAGUGGGGAUCCAGGGAGAAUAGAGAAGGUGUCCUAAGGAUGGCGGUCUUGAAGGGCACCCCAGUCAUAGGAAUAGCUUGGGGGUGGGAAAGCACAGGGAACGGGGACUGGAACACGAGGUGGCAGGAGUGCAGGGAAUAUGGGGGGAAUCACUGGAGAUUGAAGUAGGUUGGGCUUUUAAAAUUCUAUGUCUCUUCCUGCCUUUCCCCCUUCACACACCUCUCUACGUCGUAUUUACUGGACACCUGUGCCUUGCCCAGUGCCAGGCACAGGGGGCACCACAGGUAAAAAGCACACAAACAGGCAUACACAGUGUAUGUUCUGGUGCCAACAGGCAGGGAGGGCUCUGGAGUGGACCCUGAGCUGGGGGUGGCCCGUAGAUGGGCAGAGGGAUAAGAGGGGCAUUCCUGGCAGUGGGCCCACAAACUGUGGACUGAAGACUGCUGUGGGGAGUUGGACUGGUGGUUGGGGGAGCAUGGCCUGGGGGCCUUUGGGUGCCAAGUAGAAGAAAUUGGCUUUGACCCAGGUUUGAGCAGAGACUGUGCCCAGGCAAAGGCAGGGAAGCUCUUCUCAGACUUGGCCAAACCUCUUGUGGGUCUGUCUUCCUUGGGCUUGGUGCUGAGGCCAGGUGACCCAACAUUAAUUCCCAACUGUCGGGCAGUGAGGAGAUGGGUCAUGAGCUGUGGUUUCAGAGCUGCAAGGGCCUCAGAAGUCAUGUCAAGUGAAAAAGUUGAUUUGAUCCACCCGGUGUUUCAAGUAAAUUAUUGAGCAAACUGAAGAGUGGGGAGGGCUCUGGCCCCCAUCUUUGUUUUUGUUUUUGUUGUUUUUUGCGGUAC